CCCACGUCGAGAAGCAAAAAACCGAGCACACGACUCCCCCCGCCACCACCACAACCACAACCACUACUACGACCACAGUACUGCCGCAGCCAUGCGUGGGAAACGUUCGAAGGCCUACAAAAAACUGAUGGGCGCGUACCAUCAGACAUUCGGCUUCCGCGAGCCCUACCAAGUUCUGCUGGACACAGAGAUGCUUACGGAAGCGACGAAAUGCGCGAUGGAGGUAGCGGCGGCUUUGGAGCGCACACUGCGGGGCAAAGUGAAGCCGAUGAUAACGCAAUGCACGAUCCGGCACCUAUACCAGCUUCCGGCCGAGCACCCUGCCAAGGACCGCCUCAUCGGUAUCGCCAAAUCCUUCGAGCGGCGAAAAUGCAACCACCACGAGCUGGAAUCGCCACUGCCGGAGAAAGAGUGUUUCGCGAGCGUCGUGCUCAAGAACGGCGUGAACAAGCACCGCUACGUUGUCGCGUUCCAGGCGCGCGACGUGCGCGCGCUCGUCAAGGACGUUCCCGGCGUCCCCUCCAUUGUCAUCAAUCGCAGCGUUAUGCUCCUUGAGCCCAUGAACGACGCGAGUAAGUUCAAGCGCGACGGGAUGGAGAGGGAGAAGUUUCUGCAGGGCAUUGUGGAGGCGAGGGCGGCUGAUAAGGUCCUGAAGAAGCGGAAACGGGAGGAGGAUGGGGAGGUGGAGGGCGAGGGCGCCGACGGUGAGGUCAAGGAGAAGAAGAAGAAGAAGAAGCGUGGGCCGAAGGGGCCGAAUCCGUUGAGCGUAAAGAAGAAGGUGGCGCCGCCGAAGCCUGUGGCGAAGGCGGAGAAGCCGGCUGCUAAACCGACGGAAAGCAUUGAGACCACUACGGAUGUGAAGGAGAGCGCCGAGGCAAGUACAGCAGAUGGACAGGUCAAGAAGAAGCGGAAAAGGAAACACGGAAAAGCGGCGGGAGGAGAUGGUGGUCAGCCAGCGCCGCCGCCAGCGACACCCGCUGCUGCUCCAGUGGUCGUGCUGGUCGCAGACGAUUAGAGGCGGGGCGAAAAAUGUGCAGUAAUAAUAACAAGCAGCCAAGAAUCUCGUGGUCGUCGAGUGAUACCCAUGAUCUGAGCUUGUGCUCCUUUCCCUACCUAGUACCACCUGCAUUGCUUUCACUUCUGUUCUAAUAUGGGGGGUUUCAAUAUCGAAACCAUGUUUUCGGGCCUAAACCAUCGUAUUACAUUUUUGUUUUCGUUGUUAGUACUAAGUGACGAGCUGUGUUGUGGAUAUCGUCAAGGGUCUUGAACUUCAGUCCUUUGUGUAGCUCUCUUUGUAUGUUGAACUCUUGGAAACCUCAACAAUAGAACCACCUACUCUACUCAUGAACUACCGUGCCAUCAACAGCUCUGAAGCUACCUACGAGCUCCGGAUUAGUUUCCAAGAACCACCCACACUGGCAGGUAAU